GUAGCGCCCCGCCUCCCGAAGCAGUUCCGGUUCGGCUGGCCGCUGCUGGCGGCACGGCUCCAAAGGGGCCGGAGCGAUGCCCGCUGGUAGCCGAGCCGGCUCCCGCCUGCGCUCCGGCUCCCUCCCCCGGCCUUCGCGUCUGACUCUCAAGGCGCUGCGCCCCGCCUACGCGCCGAGGACCCCCGACUCCAACGGCGACUUAGACACCGGCUCCGAGCUGGGUCCCGGCAGCCCGGCUCCCACCGCGGAGGUGAGCGGGCGCCGAGGCUGAUGAGAGGGGAGAUUGGGGGGCGCCUGCAACCAAGGGAAGUAGAGAAAGAAAUGGCAGGUCCUAGUCAACUCUGCAUUCGCCGCUGGACUACCAAGCAUGUGGCUGUGUGGCUGAAGGACGAAGGUUUCUUUGAGUAUGUGGACAUUUUAUGCAACAAGCACCGCCUUGAUGGAAUCACAUUGCUCACGCUGACUGAAUAUGAUCUCCGCUCUCCUCCUCUGGAAAUCAAAGUCCUAGGAGACAUUAAACGGUUAAUGCUCUCAGUCCGAAAAUUGCAGAAAAUACAUACUGAUGUUUUGGAAGAGAUGGGCUACAACAGUGACAGUCCUAUGAGUCCCAUGACUCCAUUCCUUAGUGCUCUUCAGAGUGCAGACUGGCUCUGUAACGGAGAGCCCACACACAGCUGUGAUGGGCCCAUCCCUGACUUGAGUUCUGAUCAGUACCAGUACAUGAAUGGCAAAAACAAACAUUCUGCUCGAAGACUGGACCCAGAGUACUGGAAGACCAUCCUGAGUUGUGUAUAUGUUUUUAUAGUAUUUGGGUUUACGUCUUUCAUUAUGGUUAUUGUUCAUGAGCGUGUGCCUGACAUGCAGACCUACCCACCACUCCCAGAUAUAUUCCUAGACAGUGUUCCUAGGAUCCCGUGGGCCUUCUCCAUGACCGAAGUGUGUGGCGUGAUUCUGUGCUACAUUUGGAUCCUGGUUCUUCUUCUUCACAAGCACAGGUCAAUCCUUCUGCGAAGGCUCUGUAGUCUGAUGGGCACUGUAUUCUUGCUUCGCUGCUUUACCAUGUUUGUGACCUCCCUCUCCGUGCCAGGACAGCACCUGCAGUGUACUGGAAAGAUAUAUGGAAGUGUGUGGGAGAAACUACGACGGGCAUUUGCCAUCUGGAGCGGCUUUGGAAUGACUCUGACUGGCGUCCACACUUGUGGAGACUACAUGUUCAGUGGCCACACAGUUGUUCUAACCAUGCUGAAUUUCUUUGUCACAGAGUAUACACCAAGAAGCUGGAAUUUCUUGCACACUCUAUCCUGGGUUCUCAACCUCUUUGGAAUCUUCUUCAUCUUGGCUGCCCAUGAACAUUAUUCCAUUGAUGUGUUUAUUGCCUUUUAUAUCACAACAAGACUCUUUUUGUACUACCAUACUCUGGCUAACACCAGAGCGUAUCAUCAGAGUAGGAGAGCGAGGAUUUGGUUCCCUAUGUUUUCUUUCUUUGAAUGCAAUGUUAAUGGCACAGUACCUAAUGAAUAUUGUUGGCCAUUUUCUAAACCAGCAAUAAUGAAAAGACUAAUUGGAUGAAGACUCUCUCUCUGUAAUGAGUUUGUUGUUAAAUAUACAGUAGUUAUGGAAUGAAAAUGAAUACUUUGUCCCAGGCUCCUGGAUACGUUGCAUUUGGCUUCUGUGUUGACAGGUUUCCCGUUCUGAGAAAGGCCGUGACUGUAAAACUCAAGAAAGAACACACAAGACUCCUUAUUAGCUGUUUGAAUGGAGAGGUCAUGGAAAGAGUUUCCGCCCCUCACUGUAGGAAGACCCAGCGUGGGGUGAUGUCAGGCCGAUACCUGUGCAUGCUGAGUGUUUGCUUACGGAACUCAAGCACAUCAGCUUGGGCUGGUUGAAGAAUUGUUACUGAUUCCCAGUAGGACUCAAGUCAAGAAUAUUUCUGAAGCUGGCUUUCCUUACCUAGUGAGCCGUUCUCAUGUGUUCAUUGAACUAAUCUGUGUCUGUCUGCAAAGUGAGUGUCUUACUGGUAAAUAUGUUUUACCUUUUGAGCCAUUUGAAAGAAAAACACAUUGAACACAGCAGAAACAAAAGAAUGCGGGGGGCACCGUGUGAGGUGACACGCUCGCUGAUCAGGUGUCGCCGGCCUCCCACUAAUGCAGGGGUCAGCAUUUCAGAGCAGGUGCAGCGUCAGUUGCUGUCCCUUUCUGUUCGGAAGCUUCAGUGUGAACAACAGAAAGGGCUCCUGAGGGGAGGUGGCUGUGUUCCUGUAGUGCUGUAAGUCCCCGGACUAAAUACUUGUUGUAACUGUUAGUUAGGCAGAUGACAGCCCAAUAUACUGCUUUUUAAUAAUGUGACUUAAGUGAACACAUGAGUGUUUUACCAGAUGUUAGAGUUCUUACAUCAGUGAGUGAGUAAAUGUGCAUGCAGAGAAUUCUUUUCUUCUGGAAAAAAACAAAACAGAACAGAACAAGCUGUAGGCGCAGUGCUAAUUCUCGGGGUGGGGGUGGGGGUGGGGUCCUCUUUUUGUUGUUGUUUUUCCCUGAAAGUUCUCAUUCCCGACCAUGGAAAGUACACAGUCUGAGACAUGGGUGGAUAGAAAAAGGCUUCUUACUUUUUAUUUUAAAAAAAUUAUAUACAUAUGUUCUUUCUAGAGUCUUAAUUUGGCAGUUAAGAACUAAAUACUUUAGCUGCUGUUUACCUUCAGUAAUUACUGUCACCUCUCCGAUACCAUUUGUCACUUUAUUUUCUAUUGGUUGUACAUAACAGUUUUAACCUGGUUGUAGAAUUGGAAUACUAAUUGUAUAGUCUUUACGUUCCAUUUUCAAACAAGGACUCAAGAGCUGCAGGCAGGCGCACUGCAGUCUCACGCAGGCCACAGCCGGCGUUUAUUCCUCUGUCUCGGCGGCUGAAUGGUCAUUUUUGCAGUUGGAGUCAUAGUCCCACCUCUUGGAAGCCACUGAGUGGAUUAGGCAGGAAGGGGGUUUGUCUAAUAGACAAACGGGCCUCCCCCGUGCUGAGAACCCCUGCUCUGAGGAGGCUGGAGACAGCGCUCAUUUCUCACCUGAGAGAUGAGGUAAAGCAAUCAAAAUCAAGUUCAAUUAUGUUUUUAAAUCUUGUACUUCAAAAUCCUUGCAGUAUUUUAAAUUAUUGAUUCUAUUACAAGCCAGGAUCAAAAACGCCAAUAUCUUAUCUAAAGAAACGUCCUAAUCCUGGAGAAAAGGUUUGCUAUGCUUGUUUGAGUAGCUUGACUUAGGGCCAAGGGAUAUAUUACUGCCACCCCCUCUUAUUACUCCCCUGCCCCCCACAGAGCAGGAUCCAAUUUACCUGGGGGGAGGGGGAGAGACAGUGUUGGCUUUUGGGAAAAUGUUCCAAAAAUGCGUGUCUACAUUAGUUUUAAGAUGCUAACUAUAUUAAUGGUAAAUAUCUUAACAUCAGGCUUCUCUCCUCCAUAUGGGUUCUAUCAUAGAACACAAUAGGAAACAGGUGCAGCUGGCGUUGCCCUUGCCAAGCUAUUGAUGGUGAGAGUGCCUGACAGCAGCCUGCUGUACGGAUUGAGUGGCCUUGGGUCACUCCUGUUUGUUUGGAGGAAAAAGAUAAGCUAGAUGUAUAGCCUAGUAGCUACUAUAAGACAGUGUUUACAGAGCUAAUCCUCUUCAAGUCUCAAAACUGAGACAACAUUAGUUUUCAGGUUUUGUCCUCACAUCUUUUUCCUUACUAAAACCUAACCAUAAUGAAGAUAGAAUUUAUGUUUACAUUUUGGGCAUGAUGUGGCUGCGUGCAGUCUCCACGCUUUUGAACCCCGUAUUUGAUUCUGCAGUCGUGUGAGACUUUUCUCCUUGACAGCUUAGUACAGAAGCAAGGAAAGGUUUUGAGUUCUUGGGGGUGCAAAGGAAGAAUUGCCUACAUUCUAAUCCCAGUGUCGCUGCCCUCCCUGUGGUGUUAAGCCCAGGGCUGUGUGUGCGAGGCAAGUGCUCUCGGCUUUUACAGUGCAAACAGGAUCUACUGAAAGGUAGACAUGCUGGGUGGAAAGGAACGAGCUCCUAUGGAACAUAAGCUUGCUCUCACCACCACAUAGUUUUGGCAGAAACCUUUGUGUUACACUUCCCAACGAGGCCAGAGUUGCUGUGGCAAAAAUAACCUUUCUAAAGCAAUGGGCUUCAUCUUAGAACCAGUCAAUUUAAAUAACGUGAGCUGUAACCAAGAAAACCCACACUUCCAAUAGCGUAACAUUGACACUGUAAGUGGUGACCAGCCCCAUUCUACCUGCCUGUUAGGACUGAGAAUUCCAAAACUCUGUAAGUUAUAAGUGGGGAACAGGGGUGCUGGAUCCUUCUAUAGCAGAGAGCAAGUAGUCUUUCAGGAACAUUUGUGCAAAAGUGUUUGGUUGUUUGUUGGGGGGGGGGGGUUCUUUGUUUUUGUUUUUGUUUUAUUUUGUUUUGUUUUUUCAGAGACAGGGUUUCUCUAAUUCAGGGAUCACCUGUCUUUGCCUCCCAUGCUGGGAUUAAAGGUGUACACCACCACACACAUCUUUUUGUAAAACUUAAUUCGUAUAAAUUCAGAUUUGUGGCAAAAAUGUAUCUUCUUUAUAUUCAGCAAAAAGAAAUUUUAUCAUUGAAAGAUUCUAGAUCCAAAAUGCUUAACAAUGUUUACAAUAUUCUUGACUUAAACUCUCUGAUUUAGUACACUCAAUUAUUUGAUGGUCUUGUGGAUAGAAAUCCCAUAGCAAAAGCAGACAGUAUAGUCGCCCUCUCAGCUGACAGACUUAGGAGACAAGAACGGUCUUUAGAAUAGUCCACUUGCUUUCCUUCAGACAGCGUGAAAGCAGAAAGCAUGUCAGGGGUUUUUGUUGUUGUUUUUUUGUUUUCUUUUUUUUUUUUUUUUUUUUGGUUUGGUUUGGUUUGGGUUUUUUGUUAUUGUUGGUUGUGGGUUUUGUUUUUGUUUUCAUUUUAAACAAGCUUAUGUAAAUAAGAUGCUUGACUUGAAGGGAAAACUAUCUAAGAUCAUUUUGUUCAAGAGUAAUUUAUUCCCUAAAGACAUGUAACAGCUUCAAAAAAAAUAUAAAAAUUGUCCUUGAAGCUGGGCAUGGUGGAGCACGCCUUUAAUCCCAGCACUUGGUAGGCAGAGGCAGGCGGAUUUCUGAGUUCAAGGCCAGCCUGGUCUACAGAGUGAGUUCCAGGACAGCCAAGGCUACACAGAGAAACCCUGUCUCAAAAAACCAAAAAAAAAAAAAAAUUGUCCUUGGUUUUGCAAUGAUAAAUGAAAAUCAUUAAAAUUCUCCAAUUGAACAAGGCAUGCAAGGAUUUGGUGGUGUUGUGUUCUUUUGUUAAAACAAUGAGAGCAAAAUAACUUACUGAAAUAUAAAGAUGAGAGCUGAAUGAGCAUGCCACCAAUGGAGAAGGGGUAUUUUCACAGACCCAGUACUUUCCCCCAGACCAUCUCCAUCUGAUGCCAACCAGAACAGAACAUUGGCCAUUUCGUUUAAAAAAAGGAAAAGAAAGAGAGAGCACUAUGCGUGUGCACAUACACCAGUUACUUUUUGUACAAUAAAGAAAUGGGGACAGGGAAAUGAAAGAAGAGAAAACUAUACUGUGUAGUCAGGAUGUGGCGGGACCAAACUGUGGCUUUUUAAUUGAGAAUGUAUUCUUGGUCUAUAACAAAUUCUGGAGUAAAGUAGCAGGCUCCCUUUUUAAGUAGACACCUCCAGUCUGCUGCUGGAACACAUACAUCGAUCUUUAUUCUCCACUGAUUGGUUGCCCAUCGAACCGGAAUCUGAUCUGCCUCAUUGACAAACCCUGCCGUUCACAAUAGGCUUUCAUUAGUUUACUAAGUGGUAUAUGCCUCUUAACCUUACACUGCACCACAGAACCAUCCUGUCCCGCCACCUUCAAAUUAAUAUGAUCAUUGUUCUCAGUCUUGACUCCUUCCUUGGGUUUCUCGUCAGCCAUGGCAAGUGCAGGAGUCUCCUUGUGGCCUUCGCUGUCCUGGAACUCAGACAUUUUUCUGCCUCUGUCUUUGCCUCUGCCUCUGCCUCCCAAGUUGCUGGGAUUAAAGGCAAGCAUCACCACUUACUGCCUAGCAAGCAUGUCAGGGUUUUUUUUUGUUUUGUUUUUGUUUGUUUUUUUGAGACAGGGUUUCUCUGUAUAGCCCUGACUGUCCUGAAACUCACAAGCAUAUCAGGUUUAAUGGCAACUUUACAUAACAGUUUGUGUUUAUUAAAAAGUGAGAUUAGUCCCAGUCACCCCUAUUACCUCUGCAGCUGAGGAUUAAAGUACCAUCAGAGAUGCUUCAGGCUACUGGAUGGAAAGAGAAAGGGUUUUGUUUGUUUGUUCUCCUUAUGAAUAGCUUUAAAUGACUAAAAUUACUGUAAAAGUAGGUGUUGGUUUGCCUGUAGAUUCAGUGGCACUGAUUUUACAUAACUAAUAUGAUGAAUUACUGUAUCAAGUUCAGUACAAAGGUCUGUGAACUCUAAGCUAUUUCUCCAGCUACACUAAGUUGUUUUUGAGGAUACAUUCUACACUGUGUUAAUCAAAGGACUCUUUAUUCUGUGAAUUUCCCAUCUUGGCAUAAGGAAGCUUUGUGCUUUGAUGGGAGAAGGAAUAUUCUAUUGUUUGUUUUCUUUUUUCCAUUGUUACUUCACAUCUCUUUUAAUCUGAACUAGUGGAUUGUCUGAAGAACCAAACCGAGCCUAUUGUUAUUAACAUCUUUAAAAUGUUUAAUUUUAAUAAUUUUUCAUUGAAUUCAUGGAUUGUUGGGAUAAUGAAGUAUUUGUGAUGUGGAACAAAGGAAAUGAAAUUGGUACUCAGUGGGGAAGCAGGUUGCUUGGACUAAGCCAGGCAUGUUCAGUUUUGAGAAUUCUACCUAAAGGUCUCCCUGCCCACAGAGAAACUAGUGUUACUUGAAGACAUGAAAAUCCCUGUGGUAGCCAGACCUUGAAGCACAGUGUUGUAAUAAGUAAAUACCUGAUUCUAAAUUAAAUUCAGAUUUAACUAAUAUAUAUUAUUUUAUAACUUUGUUGUAUUAAAAUGUUUUAAACACUAAAAAAUAAAGCAUUUGAAAGUUGGUA